GACGAGACACCAAACACUCGCCAGUGCACACUCCUCUCAGUCACAAACCCGACUGCUUGCGAAUGUCUCCCGCGGCGAUGCCGAGCUCCGGCAACCAGGGCAGCGGCGCACCGCUUUUGGUCUUCGUCCCGAGCGCCGGCAUGGGCCACCUCCUCCCUUUCACCCGCUUCAUCACCGCCGUCGCCACCAUGGGCGUGGACAUCUCCGUCGUGACCGCCCUCCCGACGGUCUCGCAAGCCGAGGCCGAGCACUUCGCCGGCCUCUUCGCCGCCUUCCCCGCCAUCCGGCGCAUCGACUUCAACCUCCUGCCGUUCGACGCCGCCGCCUUUGCGGACACCGAGCCCUUCUUCCUGCGGUGGGAGUCCCUGCGCCGCUCGGCCCAUCUCCUCGGCCCGCUCAUCGCUGCCGCCGCGCCGGGCGCGUCGGCCGUCAUCACGGACGUCACCCUGGCUUCCGAGGUUAUCCCCGUAGCUAAGAACGAGCUGAAGCUUCCAUGCCACGUCCUCUUCACGUCCGGCGCAACCGUGCUGGCAUUCCUCGCCUACUUCCCCGUCUACCUUGACGGCGCGAACGCAGACCACCUCGUCGGCGACGUCGACGUUCCCGGCGUUCGACGCCUCCCGUUCGAUCACUGCCCGCGGGUGCUGCGCAACCCCGACGGCCUCUUCACCAAGCAGUUCAUCGUCAACGGCCGCGAGAUCGCCAAAGCAGACGGCAUCCUCAUCAACACGUUCGAUGCCUUGGAGCCAGAGGCACUCAUUGGCCUGCGGGGCGGCAAGGUCGUUCCCGGAUUCCCUCCGGUGUUCGCCGUCGGCCCGCUCAAGUCGACGCCAACCACCGCGAGAAGUAGCGAUAAGGCGGGCUCGCCUAUCGCCUGGCUCGGGGAGCAGCCAGCACGCUCGGUGGUCUACGUCGCCUUCGGCAACUGCAACGCCGCCGCGCAGAAACAGAUCCGCGAGAUCAGCGCCGGGCUGGAGGCGAGCGGCUGCCUGUUCCUGUGGGUGGUGAAGACGACGAUACUGGACCGGGAGGACACGGCGGAGCUGAGGGACGUGCUGGGCGACGGGUUCCUGGGGCGCGUGCAGGGGCGCGGCCUGGUGACCAAGGAGUGGGUGGACCAGGAGGCGGUCCUGAAGCACCCGGCCGUGGGGCUGUUCCUGAGCCACGCCGGGUGGGGGUCGGUGACGGAGGCGGCCGCGUACGGCGUGCCGAUGCUGGCAUGGCCGACGUUGGGCGACCACAAGAUAAUCGCGACGGUGAUACGAAGCGGCGGCUUCGGGGUGUGGAUGGAGCACUGGAGCUGGCAGGAGGAGGAUUCGGAGGAGAGAUCGGUGGUGAGCGGGGCGGAGAUAGGGGAGAAGGUGAAGGAGGUGAUGGGCGAUGAGGCGAUUGCGGCAGGCGCGGCCAGGAUGCGCGAGGAGGCGGCCAAGGCCGUUGCCCCAGGCGGCUCCAGCUACCGGAGCAUGCACGAGUUCCUCGCCAUGCUCAGCUGACUGUUUUAGCGACCACUUUCUAAGCACCGCUACGUGACGAUCCCAGGCUCCCAGCCCUUGGUAUCAGGUUGGAUGGAUGCCUUCUCCUGGAUCGUGGAGCCAUGCGGCGACUUCUCUGCAAGGUCUGCUGGUAGUUGACUAAAGAUCGCACCCGAGCAGUACGCAAGUGUAGUGUAGAAGCUUCACGGACCAUACGGAGUAUGUAUCAGUGGGUGGGUUUUGUGAUAUGUCAUAGAACGCACCACCACUCUCUAAUAAUUUUGGUGUUUUGGCCAAAAAGGGAUAGGGUCAAGGAGUA